AUGGCCCACAAAUCCUGUUGCCUGCUGCUGCUGCUUAGCUGCCUCUUUGUGAUGGCUGCCGCUCAGUAUUACACGCAAUACAAUCCAUAUAACACGCCCAGUCCCACAUUUUCCAGCCUGAAUGGUUAUUAUUAUUCGACAACAUCUCCCUACUACUAUCCCACGGCCAGUACUUAUUUGAAUGAUGUCCGGAUACGCAUUUGGCCCUAUGUCAUUGGACAGUAUCUGUAUCCGACUUACUACAACAACAACAACUACAAUCCAUAUGCCUCGCUGAGCACACCCAACUGGCAGAGCUACUAUUCGAGUGUCUAUCAAAAUAACUGGGGUAAAAAAUAGUUUCUUAACUUAUCAAAUAGUUUUAAGUUGUUCAAUAAAAGUUAAAUAGAUUUA